GUUCCGGGAGGGGGCGGGUCCGUCAACUUUGCAAAUGAGGAAUGACGUAGGAGGUCACGUGGUGUGGCGUGCAGCUCGAGGACUUUUUUUUUGUACGCGCUUGCGUGUGCGCGCGGCUUCUUGCUGCUUCAGUCUUUACUGCGACACGACAGCUCGAGCUUCCGGCCACCGGCAGGUCUGGAAUGACACCCCGCAAAGUUCCACUCAGCUGACAUUUACCUGCCGGUGCCGAUGCGAAGCAGAGUCCGGGCUGGCACCCCGCCACGAUCGCAGUUGCGCUCUGGACCCUCGCCGGCCCGGCCAGCGCAGUCCACUACGAGCGCCGGAAGCCCACGCCCCUCAUCGUCAACCCUCCAGUGUCGUCAUGCCUGGCCGGAGAAAGUCCUCCGCCCCACAUGUUGUCCAGAUCCAAGGACCCGGUGACUCUGAAGACCUGGAAAUGUUGGACACAGAAAUGUUUUCAGACGAUGUUCCGACAAAGGAACCCAAGGCUCCAACUCGUCGGAAAGUAGAAGGGCCGGAGCGGGAAAACCUCUGUCCCGAGAUGUCGGAAGACCAACGAGACGAGGUAGAAAAGUUGCAAUCUGACCAUGAGGGUCAGAAGAAAGAGCCCAAAUGCUAUGAGUACAAGUGUUGCCCGUUCCGGUCUGCAACCCUCGAAGACUUUAAAGAACACGUGGACUCUAGCCACCCUGACGUGAUUCUCGAUCCGCUGUACCGCUGCGCCAUCUGUGACUUUGACACCAAAAAGUUUGAGCUCUUCACAGAGCACAACAAGAACCUUCACCCCGACAAGAGCAACUUAAAACUCAAAAGGAUCAAGGAGAAUGACAGAACCGUCUUGGAACAAAUUAUCACGGUCCAGGGCCGUUCUGGGAGUGAGGGACAGGCAUCGCCGCCUUUCUCAGUGAAACCGCCGGAGUCCCUCCACACGUUUUUCCGGCCGAAAGAGACCAUUGCCGCCCUCAACAUCAACGGCACUGUCAUCAUUCCGGAUUCCUCCGUCCUUCGAGACCCGUCCCAUGUCAGCCCCGUGCUCCAGCGGCCGCCCAACUUUAGCCGUCAACCAAAAAUAGCCGUUCCUCUCAACGGAGGUAAAUACGACCCGUCUCUGGACCGCAACCCAACCCUGAUGGCAUCUUUUAACAAGUUCCCUUACCCGACGCACGCGGAACUGUCCUGGCUAACGGCUGCCUCCAAGCACCCCGAGGAGCAGAUCAAAGUUUGGUUCACCACCCAACGGCUGAAGCAGGGAAUCACCUGGUCACCGGAGGAGGUGGAGGAGGCCAGAAAGAAGAUGUUCAAUGGUUCCUUCCGCGCCGCCCAUCACACCUUCACGGCCCCCGCGUCGAAUUCCAUCGGCUUUGCGGAAAACUGCUCCGGUCACGCACUUAAACGAUCUGCGACAGCUCCCGGCGGUCCUGAGUCCAAACGCCUCGUGGCGGUGCCCCCUCCAGGAGACCCUAAAGAGGAGGGUCCGGCGGCUCCACAGCCGAUGGCUCCGCUGGGAGGCAUUCCCCCGUUUGCCGCAGAGAUGAAUAAGUCGCCCGCCGUCGUGCCUUUAAUGCCGUCGUCGAUAUGUGCCAAUGGGAAGCUUCACUACUCGUGGGGAAAUGCCAAAACCAAACCGGCGGUGUCGUUGCCGCCUAUAGUCUUUCCGGAGUCUUUGACCAGGCCGACUAUUGCGCCGCCCCCCAUCUUUGCCCCGCCUUUUACCACCUCCAUACUCCUGCCCCGACGUUCCAAAGAUACUCUCCCCAACAUUAACGCCACCUUUCCCGAUUUGCCUCCACUCGUCGGCGCUCGAGCGAGAAGGCCCCCCGUCAUUCAGUCUGCGCACGCUCCGGGACAACGGAGCACGCCAGAGGAAGCCGCCAUGCCGGAAGCUGAUGCGGCGCCCUCUGAAUCUUCCGGAGAACGUGCACUUGGCGAGGCGCCUGCCGCCGCAGACUUCCCGCUGCUGGAGCGGAUGAAGGGCAAGACUGCAGAGCAGCUGAAAAUCCUGGAGGAGCACUUCUUGAAGAAUAGCUCCCUCUUCCACGGAGACGCUGACAAUCUGGCGCUGGCCACCCGCCUAUCACGGCGAGAAAUCGACGGCUGGUUUGCAGAGCGCCGGGCGCUGCGGGACAACAUGGAAAUGGCCCUCCUCAACUCCAUGGGUGCCAAGAGGACCGAAGCGGACAAAGAGCCCACUCUGCUCUUUAACGGGAUCCACGAGCCAGGUUUCGGUGCCGAGCUCCUAAAAAGGGGCUCCCUGCCUCCGUCCCGCGCCUUCCUAAAUUCCCAGUCCACGGUGCUCUUCAAGCACCCAUCUGCUCAAAGUGGAGGGACAACACCGUCGGAGGUGUGGCCUGGACUGGCUCGUAUCGAUUUGGCGCGCUGGUUCUGUGAUGCUCGCUCAGCACCUGACCCAGAGUUCCUCCACAAUGGCGGCGGUCCCGAAAAUGCUCCAUCAGACCCCUGUUUUGAAGGCAGAGCUGAAGUUCCGGAGGCAGAGCCAUCGGAUUGGUGCAUCAACGGCGUUAACGCGACACAGCGUGGCGAGUUACAGGACUGCCUCGCCGCCAGGUGUGAAUAAUAACGCCAAUUACCCGACCACACCAGCACAACGCUGUCCAUUCCCUCGGCCACGAGAUAAGUCUCGAGGACGCCUGAUGGCUAUGCCAAGUGUGUGGCUAACGCUUUUUGAUUUGGAUUCUGAAUCGCCUGGGGGAAAGGGUUCUCCCAACUAAAACACACUUUGACCCCACUCCUACCCCCAAACUGACUGCAAGUAGCUUUAGCCACGCCCACUCAUGUGUGUGAGGCAGUGUGUGUGUGAGACCAUGUCGGUAUGCGCGCGCGUUAAACUGUGUGAGUGAAGGACUGUUUUCCACAUUGUUGGUGCGCGUUUUUGUAAGCGUGUGUACGUGAUUCUUUUGUUUGUCUGUGUGGUGGGCGUUUCUUUCACCGCUUCAAAACAAAAGAAUGCUACACGCACGCACGUACGCUUGGCAACACUUCAGUGAGUUGUUGAUGUGAGUGCUGCCUGGACUUGUGCCCGACACCCCCUGCUGAGAAAUGGAGGGAGGAAGAGAGGGGUGUAUACUUUUAUUUUUUGUUGGGGGGGGCACAUUUGGGAUCUUCACCUUCAAUCAGACUAAAAAGCAAAGCCAGAAAAAGCAGCUUUUUUUCUUUUUUGACUGCAGCAAAGAUGUUUCUUAGCGUCUGUCUCAUUAUCAUGGCGGACCGACAAACUUACUCGCCUGCGGUCGGGACGAGCCCACUUCCCGCCGAUGCACCGCAUGCAUGCUUUCUCGGCUAAGCUACUACUCCAGUGCACCUUCGUGCGACUGGCCGACAAGCAAACGCGAUGGGAAAAAAUGUCAGUGUCCUAUUUUGACUCGAAUGUCUGCCCGGGUGCAUCCGGUCCCGUGUUUGUCACCGCUUCCCAUUUUGACACUGUGAAUGUUGAGGCUCGGCUGACGCGUACAUGCUCAUUAGCGCCUAAUUCUUAGCAUUUGGACCGGGCUCGCACGCACGCACAUGAGGCGCCAUCUUUGUCGCUUUUGGCUCCCAUUUUUGUUUCAUGCGACUGCCAUCAAUAAAACUCUUUUCACAUCGGCAUCUUGUAUUUGUCAUCUUUGCCCGUCGGGACGAUUGAAUGGAUGGAUCGUAUCGCGGCGUCAGUUGCUAGCGCGUUAUCAGCGAGCUAACGUGUCAAAGAAGGAAACGUUUGAAUUGCGAUCAAAGGCGGGAAACGCAUGAGGCAACUUUGUUCCCGACGGACAGGUUUGCGUCGACGCGUUUGUCGCUGCACAUCUUUGAUGGCGGAGACGGCGUUUGAGCGGUGCGUAUCGUCCCUGUGAGGUCGGCCGCCGUUUGUGACGCCGCUUUCAUCAGCGAGCGCUUCAUCUCUCUGCCGAAAGGCGUUCCGCCUCAAGCGAAGCGUCUCGCCGACAGACCGACCGAACGCCUUUUUCCCACCCCGGGGUCCGCGGCCUCGCGUUCCGGACGGCGUGUAGCGCACCGUCACCCGUCGACGGGCUCCUCCGGGAGCAGGAGCGGCGCUCGGGGAGCUCUGGGAAAAGAUGAGUGCUAAGUUGGAAGUGACAGCCUCAAAGGGAGCUUUGAAGAGCGCCGUCGCCGCCGAGUUUAACGCGGGUUAAUGCCGACGCUAUACAUCAAACGCGCGCGUAACAGACGCAACACGUAUAUGCCGCUCGCAACGUCUUCAAACCUGUAGCCGUGACAAGCACCUGUUCUCCUGUCGCGUUUCUCUCUGGUAAAAUUUGGAGAGGUUAACACGUUAAAACAAUUCUGAAGAAGGUCCGACACAUUAACCUCUGUGAAGUUAGCCCCCCAUCAGACGCAAAUUUAUAUAAAAAUGAUGUCAAUCGUUUGUGCUGCGCUUGUGCUGUAAAAGGUUUUCUUUGUGCUUCUAUCAUUAAGAUAUUUACCAUUCUUUUAUAGGUCAAUCUGAGGUCAACCAACCCCCCAUUUUGAAUAAGAAUGGCUAUAAAUUGUGUCAAACAUUUAUGCUUCGUCUGUGCCAUCGUUUUUGAGAUAUUGACAUAUAAAUUUCAAGUUAUGAUGUCACGCAGCCCCCCAUUCAUUGCAAAAUGGACCCAAAAUGGUGCCAUUGGUUUAUGCUAGCUUUGUGCUCGUUUGUGAUGUAAUUUUUUUUCAUUUGUGCUGUUUUAUAGAUAUUAAUUUUGAAUGAUGACGUCACCACACUUCCACAAAAAUGACAAGGCCCGUUUUGGACCUGACGCCGCCAUCCUUGUCGCUUGUAGACUCACCGUAGCUUUGCAAGGCUACGUUUAAACUUUUAAGCGGCGAUCUCCUUUUCAAAUUGGAUAUGCCGCCACAAAAUUUGAAAUAGUAAAGUACUGCGGAGCAUUUGGCGGCACAAAUGUGCAGGAGAAUUUGAAGAAUCUGCACUUUUACUGGAUCCUAAAAGAGGAGCAAGGUGAAAAGUUGUUGGCUGCCAUCAAUUGGGUAAACUUUUUCCCAAAUGACAGUUCAAGGCUGUGGAGUGCCCAUUUCAUCGGAGCUAUGCAAAUUUACUAUUAUCAUUUUUAAUUAUGCUAACGUUUAAGUGUAUUUUGCUGCAAGGCCAAGCUACCACUCAGCCAGGGAAGAUGCUUCAAGAGGAAAGCCUUGCACUACCGUGUGCAGAGAGAUAAAAUCUGACUAAAAAUGGCUUUGAUCUAAAGUGGUGCGUGUGAUCUGCGUGCGAUCGAAAGUAAUUCACUGACUUAUGUGUAUUUCCCCUGUUUUUAUUUCUUUAUUGUAUUUAUUCAUAGCUUGGCUUGUGCCGGUAUGAGAUUUUGAUGGUAUGAUAACCUUAAGCAAAAAAUAUCGCGGUUUUAGGGUAUUGCAAUUAUAGCUCCAAAAUGUAUUAUUUUGAGAUGUACGGGAUUUUGAAAAAUUGAAGAGGAUUUUUAAAUUUUUCACAACAUAUUUGAUCAUUGGAACAUCGACAUCAAUAUCAUGUUGAAAUAAAUAGAACUGACUAAACCCACAGCUCAAGUUGCUAGACAAUAGCACAAAAAUAAUUAUUUUCUGGGGUUGUUCCGAUCAAGUUUUUUUGCUCCCGAUCCGAUCCCGAUCGUUUUAGUUUGAGUAUUUGCCGAUCCCGAUAUUUCCCGAUCCGAUUGCUUUUUUUGCUCCCGAUUCAAUUCCAAUCAUUCCCGAUAAUUUUUCCCGAUCAUAUACAUUUUGGCAAUGCAUUAAGAAAAAAAUGAAUAAAACUCGGACGAAUAUAUACAUUCAACAUACAGUACAUAAGUACUGUAUUUGUUUAUAGUGACAAUAAAUCCUCAAGGUGGCAUUUACAUUAUUAACAUUCUUUCUGUGAGAGGGAUCCACGGAUAGAAAGACUUGUGACUUUGUAUAUUGUGACUAAAUAUUGCCAUCUAGUGUAUUUGUUGAGCUUUCAGUAAAUGAUACUGUAGCCAUGCCCCAAUGCAUGGUGGGAAGUGGAGCCAUGCUUGUGUGCAGUGCUACCAAUUGAUAUAUCUUCUCUGCGUUGGGAAAUAACAUAAGGUAAAGAAAAAGAUCAAUUGCUACCUUGCUUCUCCAUCUUGCUUCCAAUGAUAUUUCUAAUCAUAGGGAGAGGGAUUGUAAGGCUGUAGCCAAUUAAAAAAAGGCUCCAAAGGCUGCCAAAAUUCACUCUACUCAUUUUACGCUGCCUUUUAUCUCUCCAUAAAGGUAAAUUGGCGCCAUUACAGAUUGAGCGCGACAAUGCGUGAGUGGGUCGUGCAACGCAUGCAUCAAUUGCAUUAAAUAUUUUAACAUUAUACAUUUAAAAAAAUAACUUAUUACCGCCGUUAUCGGGAUAAAUUUGAUAACCCUACCUAAAGCCUAAAUUAAAGACUCUGGAUGAGUGUAACAUAUUAUGUCUGUAACGUUAAAUACAAUUAGAAAACAAUUUAAUUAAAACAUAUAUACAUAUAUUUAUUUUAAAAAGGCAUGGCCGAUAUUUUUUUGCCGAUUCCGAUACUUUGAAAAUGACGUGAUCGGGAUGCCGACAUCUCUAUUAUUUUUCAUAAAAAAGUAAAAACACUUCGAAAUAUAUCAAGUACUUCACUGACUUUAAAGCUCCAUCUUAACAUUUUUAGAGAUUUGCUCAUUGUCUACAUAUUUCUCAGUCCGAGUUAUCAUGCAGGAAUGUGUGUAUGUUCACCUUUUCUUGGUUAAUAUACCACUACUACUAUUAAUAUUAGUUUAAUAUUAACCCUUGAGAGUCGAAGGACGCGCCGGCGCGUCCUCAGCGCACGUCGUCUUUGAAGCGCCCUCACGUUUUAAUUACGUCACCCACAUGCCGUUGGUUGGUCUCGUUUUAAAGUGCGGAAGUUGCGGUUUACUCUCGUUAUUAUUUGAAGUCAAUCGACCAACUAGAACGUGAGAUAUUGUCAUUUAAGUUUUAUAGUUUUAUUGUCCUCUCAAAAAAACAUUAAAACGCUGCAUGCAUCAUUUGUUUAUGUCUAUAUUUCCAUCAUUUCUAGUCCUUUUUCAAAACGGAAGCUCCAUGAAAAAAACACAAAUCAAACGAACCCUUUCGAAGUCACAGUGGAAGCACAAAAUGCGUUUUUUUUUUUUUUAUAAAUAUAACUGCGGUGCGAGGUUCAACCGAACGAGAGGGAGGAGUGUUCUGAAGCAGCGAGGUGGCGAGCGACGGCCAGUUGGAUACUGCUGGAUCGAGCAGCGACUUUGUGUGACUUUGAGAAUGAACGGAAAACUAAAUUUAGCGCAAGCAAUUGUGCUUCUGAUCAACUUGAGGAAGAGGAUGGUCCAAAUUCGUCAUCAUCGUCUUCUUCGGAAGAGUCCUCGAGUGAAGAUAGUGACGGAUUUGAACAUGUGGGUGACGCCAUCGACGAGCAGAGGUAAACCAACUCACUCUUUUUUUUCAUGCUGAAAACGUUUCUUUUGAAAGUUUCUUUUGAUAUUGCAAGACAAAGUUAAUUUUGAUGCAAUAUAAGUGUGUGUUUGUGUAUAUAAUAAUAAAAUGUGCAUAUCAGAUCAAAGUCGUACGUGCACUGUGGGUAUCCCAGGCAGGAAUUUAUAAUUUGUGGUGUUCUUCUUUCUAUAUGAAGAUUAGGGAUGUAGCACAUAUUCAUAAAUACUGACUUAUUUUCAUGUACAUUUAUAGUGACAAUGAAAGCAAAGUGAAAUGAAAAUGGAAGGGUGGAAAGAGGACCGACACCCCAUGGAAGUGUGAGCUGUGUGAUGUAGCCGUGUCUAAUUCCAGGACGAAACUGCUUUUCGGAGUGGCAUGACUGAAAAAAAUUUAACUUGUUUAUUGUAAAUAUUUUUGAAAAUGCUUUUUUUCCCCCAAUGUUAUAUAUUUAUUUUUUUCCCACAUCAAUCUUCUCAAUUUGUGUAUAUAAAUGUGUGUUCAAGAAGCUUGAUUGUGUGUACAUAGUUUUCAUCAGGCGAUGGGCCGCAAUACCUAAACUCAUAAAGAGAUGGCCUCUAAACACUUUUUGUGUUAGAUGGUAUAUAUUUUUUCACUGUUCUUCACUGUUAGGUCUGCUGUAUAUAACCUGUUUUGACUGGAGCAUGUAUAAAGGCAAAAAACGCCUAUGGCUAUACCUGUUGUUUAUGUUGAAUUGUCAAAUAUAAGACUAUUUAUUCUACAUUUUUUUGGUUGAAUGUUCAUCCUAACAUGUUGAAUAAAUAUUACAAAGUUUCAAAACGGUUCGUUACGCAUGUUUGGUUGUCAAUUGGACAUCAAUAUUAAAAAUUUUGACAAAACGAUUUUGGAAUUUUUGGUCUUUUUGGGCCCAAAAUGAUGAUUUAUAAUUGAUCAGUGAAGGAAACAACAAUUUGGACAUGAAGUUCAAGGUGUCACAAAAAAAGGGACCAAACCAGGCCAUCGUAAACAAUUCUUUCUUUGAAAUAUAAAGGCAACUUCAAAGGCAUGCAAAAUCAGACAAAAUAGGCCCAGACCUUAAAGGGUUAAUGGAGAGCGAGCGUGUCGCCAGAGAGAGAGAAAAAAAAAAACAGCUUUUAUGAAAAUGUUAUUUUAAACAGAUGUUUAGAAUCGCGAAAGAAUUAAGGUUGUCAACAGAACACUCACGGAUUGUGCGGGACAAUAUACAUACCUGUUAACUUGUACGGUUUCGGUGUAAUUUGUACAAGUGAGCACUGAUUUUUAACAGUGUAAGCCGUACGGUCAAAAUCUGUACGUUUUUCGUGCAUUACAUUUUUUUUCUCCGUUUGGAUUUUGUCACCGUUUCUGCAACGGGACAAUGUGCGUUACUAUGCGUUACUAUGUUGGUUGAAUGACGCAAGAAAAGUCAGAGACAUGGAGAGAGAGUGUUUGUUGCUGUAGCAAACGCGAUGCUAGGGUAGAUGGCUCCAGUAUUUCCUGACUAUAGCCAACGGCCUACAAUCUACGCCUCGAGAUCCCAUGCAUUUUGAACUAGAUGCGAAAUGAGACUCUGCAGCGUUAGUAAACAGCCGCCAUCUUAAAGCAGUAGACUUCUCAGGAGGGCUCUGUUGUAGUGAACCUUCCUUGCAAACCUAAGUAACUUUUUAUCUAAAAUACUCCUAAAUCAGCAAAAUCAUGACUUGAAUCUAUCUUUAAAAGACGAAACAGGUUUAACACUCACAUUUCGAAAGGAGACCGAAGGGAACUAAUGCAAAAACGGGAGCAAUUUUAACAACUUUAACAGUUGAUUCGCAACAUGAAAUGACUUCUAAACAUAGCAAAGGUUACUGUUUUUUUUUUUUUGUUUUGUUUUUUUUUUUUAAUGAAAAAAAAAACAACCAUGAAAGGUAACACCAGUUACUUUGCCAAGUAACUAAUUACUCUUACAUUUAGGUAACUGAGUUACUAACUCUUACUUUUUGGGAGAACUAAUUUGUAACUGUAAUUAAUUACUUUUUUAAAUUAACAACACUGUAAAGAUGAAGUAUGCAGAAGGAAAAGUCACAAAAGUGGAGAUUUUAUUCUGCUAAUUUGUUGCCGAACACAAUUUGCCGCAACUAUUGCGUAUCACAUCUCAGAAUUAGCAAAAGAAAUUUUCCCUGACUCAAAGAUUGCAUCGGUAAGUUCAUUUUAUCAAUUGACCUUUUUAAUUUACAAUGGGACACACUAACGAACUACCUUCAAGUCAAACUGAAUUGCGAGCUGAAGUGCAGCCAUCAAAAGACAUCAUAGAACUUGCCAAAAGUGCUACAUACAAUUAUAACAAAAGUCACUGUUAAAUCUUAGUAAUCGAUGUAGCUGUGGAUAUUGAUUGUUCUUUGAUUGUACCAGGUUAUAUGUUACAAUACUACCAAUAAAUUCAUAUUAUUUAAAAAAUGAGUUUUAUUUUUGUUUCAUAUUGCACGCUACAGUAUAUACAACGUUGUAAGAUCAGUCACCAAUUUGUAAAGGCUUGCGUCACUAUUUGUAAGAUUGCCAACGGCCUCGGGUUGACAGGUAUGAAUAUAGGAUUUUCUGAUUGUUUCCAGGACUGUUGGAAAGUACCCUAGCCCGGAAGACUUUAGAAAAGUUGGCUAAUAGUAGAGAGUAACCUGGUUAGCCGUCUUUGCAUGCUAAUUAGCCACAUUAUCUGCCAUGUUGCAGGCUACUUACGUGACGUCAUAGCUAUCGCUAGACACCUUAAAAACUCUGGAGAGAACUCUCGUAGCUGGUGGGAAACCUAAAUGACAGCACUGACUAACCUUAAAUUUUGUAUAAAGUGACGGAUGAUGAUCGCAUAAAUGCAGGGGCGAAAGUGGCUAGAAUUUCUUGCCGGAACUCCCCGAAGUGAAGGUCGCAACGGAGCUCGAAAUUUUGUUU